AUGUCUGAUACUCCUCGCAUUGACGUCCACCACCACAUGAUCCCUCCCCAGAUUGCUGGAGUCGGAGCUGGGCUCAAAGGCAUGAAAGUUCCAACAUGGACUGUCCAGAGUGACCAAGCCUUCAACAAGAAAUACAACAUCGAGUCAGCCAUCUACUCUGUCAGCACUCCUGGAGUCACCCACAUUUCUGAUCCCGAAGAAAGUGCAAAGGUAGCUCGAGAAAUGAAUGAUUACGCCGCCAGCCUUCGCGAUGAAAACCCCACCAACGGCUUCUUUGCUACGCUUCCAUCUCUUCAGCAUACCGAUCUUGUCCUCCAGGAGAUAAGCUAUGCUUUUGAUGUGCUCAAAGCAGAUGGUGUUACCCUUUUCACCAGCUAUGCCACUCCUCAAGGAUACCUCGGACACCCUGAAUAUGUUCUUGUCUGGGAAGAGCUCAAUCGUCGCAAAGCCAUUGUAUUUGUCCAUCCCAUCAACAACGUCUCUGCUGUCUAUUUUGACGAACGACUGCCAAUGCCUGCAUUUGACUGGCCUCAUGAGACGGGGCGUACAGCCAUGGAUAUGAUCCUCAACAGACGUCUCCAGCAGUUUCCCAACGUCAAGAUCAUUCUCUCACAUGGCGGUGGAACGCUUGCUGCGCUUAUCCGACGAGCUACAAUGGUAGCUCUUCCUGAAUUCGGGGAGGUCAUGACUGCUGAGGACAUUAUCAGUCAGGCCAAGCAAUUUUAUUUUGACACGGCUCUUGCGGGAAGCCAGGAGGUGUUUCCCAUGAUUCUCAACUUUGCAGAGCCAGGGCACUUGCUUUUCGGCAGUGACUUUCCGCACGCACCUGAGGUCCUCAGCAAGGGGUUCACCCAGUUUGUCGACGGCUUUCACAUGGAUCAGAAAAAGAAGAGAGAGAUCUAUUAUAAAGCGGCUUUCAAUUUGUUCCCUAGACUUGAGAAAAGGUUCAGUGUUCAGGACUAG